CCAGAUAAGAGAGACCUCAAAGAUGUGUUUGGUAUUUGUAUGCGACGAAGAAGAAAAGGUUUUGGGAAGACAACCAGCACCUGGAGCUUGUCCGUACUGUGGAGGAAUGAUUCAAGCUGUGGAUAUGGAGAACCAAUGGAGGUUCUGUUUCUUACCACUCUGCUUCAAGACCAAGAGGAAGUAUUUCUGCACCAUAUGCCUUAGGCGUUUAGUUGUCAAUCCAUGAAAGAACAGAGAGCUCGGGAAGAAGAGAUCAAUUCAAUCACAAGAAAAGCCAAGGAGCAUGGUUUGGUAGAUUGGGUUUGAUGGUUGGUUGAUGAUCUC